AUGUCACAAGCACGUGCUGCUGCGCGUACAGUCAACGACAUGAGCGAAGAGGACUACCGCCAGAUGCGGAGACAAUACAACGACCAACAUCCGUACGCGAGUGAAUUGAGCUUCGAGGAGUAUUUGGAGGAAGCUGCCCGCGCCGGGACGGAACAUGGCAGGGUGACGGGCCGUGACGUCUCCGGUCCUCGUGGUUCUGGACAUAGUUCCCAGGAAGGCGGGCGUUCCAGCCACGAUAGAGGCCUUGCCUCUCGUCCUCGUCCUCGCGGGUCUGAGCACCGUUCUCAGGAAGGCGGCCGGUCCACUCACGAUCGGAGCCUUGUUCCUCGUCCUAGUCCUCGCGAAGAAGCUGAGCGUUCCAACAACGAUCGAACCCUCAUCUCUCGUCCUCGUCCUCGCGAGGACGAAAUGCACCACGCGACCGGUCCGUCACACGGCUCUGAAAGUCGAUGCGGGACCGGUCGCCGUGACUGUGACGAUUCACUCGAUGGCGACUCCUUCGAUGACGAUCCCUUUGAUGAGGCUUACUCCGACAAUGAUACUCUGGCUCACAGUCCUGGUACUAGCACUAGCCGCUUUUCUGCCGAUCGCACUCUCCGAAGACAUGGCACCGAUCACUCUCGUGAGACACAUUCCCAAUCCUCCACCUUCGCGAGCAAUGUCGACGAGUUCGAGGAUGACGACGACUACGACGAUGAUGCACGUGAAGUCAUACGGCCCACUACUCGUCGUGGCCCCAUCUCGCGUCCUCCACGUAGGGUGCAGUCUCCUCCACUACCGCCUCGUAGCGUGCAGCCUCCUCGCGUCACUUUCCCUAUUCCGAGCGGCGGGAGGAUACCACCCUCGCCGUUCACUUUUGCGCUGCCGGCGCAACCACCGCCUUCGGCUCGCUCUGCGCAGGCUGAUGGUCGCACCGGUGCUGGCCAUGGUGCUCCUCUACGUGGCACCCAGCGCGGACCUCCCACGGCGGAUGGUACCCCUUUGGACGAGACUUGUUAUGAUCCUCGAGGCGGCCCUCGUCCGGGUGAUCGUCGCAGGCAUUAG